CCGACCACAGGCACUGAUGAAGCAGAUGGCAUCAGGGUUCUCAGUCUAAUGACCAGUGGGCCAAGGUGUCAUGCAGCAGAUUGGGAUGGUGCAGCAGCUUCUGGAGUCAAAAUAGUACAUAGAACGACACCGGAGUGAGGAAAUUCUUUCUGGCUUGAAAGCCGUCGCAGGGUGCAUGGAAUGGGGAGAAUGGUCUCGGAAAUUGCCGGUCUCUCCUGAUGGGAAGCGAUGCAGUUUGAAACAGCCACUGACGCUUGAUUCUCGACAACCGUGCUCCCAAUCGCUACGUCUGCGCAGACUCUGCGAGACGAGGCAUGUCACUGUGUCUGCAGUAAUCUACCGAACGCAACUCUGGCUUUGGAUGUAGAUCUCCUUCGCUCACCAGUUCAUUAAUGACCAAGAACGCCUUACCCUCUGUCUUGCGUAGCACUGGCACAUGCUGCUACUACUCCUCCAGAACCGAGCACUGAGAUCGCACAUGCCUGCUCAAAGGACUCGGCUGUAAGAAAGUCCCUUAUGCCUCGGUCUGUCCUCCUGCUCACCCCUCACCAGGACUGGUUGGAUCCACCUGCCACGGGCCAUCUGGCACGGCAUCGAAGAGCGUCAUCUCGCCGCACCUAUUGACAUCGACUCGAUGCCUUCUGUGCUUUACUGUCGCUCCUUUCGAUGGAAUCACCAGUCGUCCGUGCCACUCCGGCUGUACGCCAAUUGCGACGAUGGAACCGUUGUCGAAUGAUCAGACGUGCUCUGUUGGCGCGGUGUCUACAUCUUCUGAAGGCAGGAUUGGCUUUGCAUCAUGUGAUGUAUCAUCGGAUGGACGACAGUUCCCUGUCUCUUCGAAUGCCGUCGGCGCUCAGCUCGGCCUUACCUGGACCAGCGCCACUGGCGUCAAGGUUCCUUAUUCAGUGGCCGCAUAAUUGGCGCGUACGGACACCCAGCAGUCGAGGGACAUUGUUCAUGACUUCUCGGGCCCAUAUACCACGAAGUCUUCCCGAGCCCAGGUGUUUGUCCUCUCGUUUUGCCAUGAAUGGAUCUGUCCUGGACAAACCUCAAGUCCUGUUCUGGGCCCUGGCCGCUGUGCACAUCCGUGGUGCCGACUCUACAUUCUGCGGAAGGCACUACCGUUUCCUUCCUGGUGGGGCUUCUUCGCGGGAAGAACCCAAUGAGGACGUAACUGGAAAAGGCACACGUGUAUAGCUCGGGACAAGCAUUGGCCCUAUCCCUGCCCCCCCACCCUUCACUCAUCUAGACCUGCCUGUCGAGUAAAUCCGACAGUCCUCUGGAUCAGAAGUGCGAGCCUCUGAACUUGAAGUCGCCGAUAGGCACGAGUCUGAGCAUCAUCAUACAUCUAACGAACGAUGCCUGUGCGGACAUAUCGUCUUACCUCUCUAGCCUCUCGCUCGGACCAUCCGGUGGGAGCGGUCUCCGCGAGAGAAAUCCUCGCCUCCUUGGUCUUUCCUCAAGCCGGCUCCGAUCAGUCCAACGCCAGCUCGAGUUCUCGGAAAGCCGUCAUUGAGUGGGUGGUCAUCGCUGCUGUGGUCAUACUCUUAGGCUUCAUACUCUGGAAAAGUAGCAUAUUCCGGGAACGAGCGUCUGCUGGCAGGAGCUUUCUUCUCCCCCCGCUGCGCGAGGAAUGGCCGGAGCACCCGCUCACGACUACAGAGCUUUGGGGAUAUGCGCAUCUCGGGAUGCCGGAAGCGCGUCUGGCCUAUCCAACUGCAGCAUACAUGCCCCCUGAAUCCAGAACACACGGGCUGGAAAUAGGUCCCGGGGGCCGUCGUUUGGGGCUUGAGGGUAGAUAUUCACGAGGGAAGGAUGCUUUGCCAGCUUAUGACGGGCGAAAUCGCCCCCCUGCUUAUGAGAGAACGGCACCGAUGCAAGUCGAAUAGAGCAGGGUACGGACAACAUGUAUCAUAUCAAAUGCCAUUGAUCAUGAGAUUUGGCCACGUCCCUAGCCCAUCGGGCACAAUAAUAUGUUGAAAGGAAUGGACUCGUACAGCGCAAUUGAUACAGAGACAGAUAAGUAGAAGGUUAAUGAUAGUGGGUGCUGCUGGUACUACAUCAUGUCUCCGACAUGAGAAAUGCUUCGUAUGGCUUGGUCGUUGGUAGGUCAAUGUUUCGGUUGGGUUAAGCGACAACGCAGUAGAAUGGGUCUCGAGUCCCUCCAGUGUUGCCUUGGAAUUCUUGGUCAAUAGGGAUGGAAGGCAGGGUCUCGUCAAAGUCGCCUGAAGCAAAGGGCAGGGAAUUCUCAGAGGUGGCUGACGCGCUGACUUCGAUGGUGGUGAAAGUGUCCAUUGUGAGUAGAGGUGAUUGCAGGGAGUGGGUGAAAGUUAAGGAUGACGAGUGGUCAAGAUGACUGACGAAGAGCGCAA